CUUGUCCACUCGUUGUUCCUGUGCCUGACUGCGUGUGUGCCUGAGCACGUUUCGUCAAAAGGCUGUUCUUUUUUUAUCACGCAACAACUCGCCCAAGACCUUUCAACACUCUUAUUCUCACCUUCUCAUCCCUUACCUCAUCUCCUCCUUCUUCAUCAACUCCCCCUCAUCUCUUCUCUUGCUCGUUUCGUCACUCUUUCCAACCCUACCUCCAUCAACCGUUGCCAUGCAAGAGAUCGAGGUCCCGCCCAGGGAUGUCUUCCAGCACUAUGUCCACGUCGACCAACCAGACAAGACCCUAGUCUGGUGGUUCUCCACAAAGAAGAAGAAUAUCUCAUUUGGCCUCUUCUUCCGCAAGUCCGCCGCCUGUCCGCCCCAGCUAAAGUCCAACACCCUCGCACCCUCUAUCACCAGUGUCACCCCUCCAGCCAAGGCUGAGUCCAUUCAUUCCCGACACACCCUCUCGCACUCUCAACACUCUCAAGGCAACAGUCAGGGCGGCAACUAUAGCCAGUAUUCCAAGGACGGCGUCCUUUCUUCUUCUCCAACGAAGUCCAGUCAUGCGAGCAAUUAUGCCUCUAGCAGAGCCUCCAUCGACACCAGCGACGACGAAGAUCAAUCCGCGGAGCUGGCCGAUGGACUCGGCACCAACCAGCAGAAUCCCAGCCAAUCCUCUUUGCCUACAGGAUCCCAGCCUUCUUCCCGCAGAAAGAAAACCGUUGCCAAGUUCAAGGACCCGGACCUGAUCGAGAUUCUGCCCAUUCAGCACUACGAAUCAGGCUCAGGCACCAUUCGCGGAGAGUUCACUGUUAAGGAAGAAGGCAGCUAUGUUCUGGUUUUUGACAACUCGUUCUCAAUCAAUACGUCUAAGCGCCUAACGUUUUUCGUUGCGCUGGAGGAGCGUACCAGAAAGCCAGCUGCACAGCCGACCUCGGAAAUGUCGGGCUGGUUGUUGAAGAAGAAGCGCAAGCGCAUGCAAGGCUGGGCGAAGCGUUGGUUCCAGAUCGACAAUGGUGUCCUGUCCUAUCACAAGGCACCCGACAGUCCCUGCCGAGGCAAGGUCCAUCUGGUGCUGUCCACAGUGACAGUCAGCCAGGCAUCCAACAUGAUCCACAUUGAUUCUGGCACGAUGCUGUAUCAUCUUAAGGCCUUCACGGCGGAAGAAUAUAGCGCCUGGACUGGCGCCAUCAAAACCGUUAAGAACUCUGACAGAAGUGCGUCCGAUACUGUCCAUCGCAUGACACAGCGAGAGUCUUCCCAGAAGAGAGCUCAGCUCCGCAACAGCUGGAUUGCCAGCAAUAAUGAGCUGGAUCAGCUUAAGGAGAUCAUGUCAGCGAUGGACGCUGGCUUCCUUGAUAUUAAGGAGCAGCUCGAGUCGAUCCGCACCCAGACGGAGACUAUUCCAACCAACGGCUCCUCCCAAAAAUCGGGUCGUGAACGCGAACGCGAACGCCAAUCAUCCGUCGACAAUACUAGCGGCAACAGUAAGUUCAAGAUUGGCAAGUUUGGUAUUCCUUCUCUGCAGCGAACAACGAGCGAUGGCAGUGUCGCUUCAUCUCAGUCGUCCCUUGAGAGCAUCCACAGCCGGCUGCAGGCAUCGUUUGCCAAACUCAAGACUGAUAAAGAAAAGGCUUUUGAGAUCAUGCAGUCAGAGAUUGAAAAGUGGGAGAAAAACGAGAAGCAGUUCCGUCUUUUGCUUUCUGAAAACGAGAAUCUUUCAACCCCACGCCCAGGAUCUACUCUCUCUAGACAGGCCCUCGAUGAGGCCUACAUCACUCGUACGUCCAUGACCUCGGAACGCACCCACUCCUUCACCUCCUCUAUUCACACUGGAUCCGAUGUCUUUUACGAUGCCCAUGAUACGGUUCUGACCGCGGAUUUGUCUUCCUCGGAUCUUUCUGAUCUGGAGGGCGCCGGUUUCGAUGACCAAAACGAUGACAAUUCGAGUGAUGACGAGUCCGCAGAGACGCCAGUCAAUGAGGAGCUGGCAGAACAACCACAACCUGCUGCUGCCGGUACUGUGGAUGGUGCUGCUUCCGAGGAACCUAUUGUCCGCCGAUCUACACUUCCUGCGCCCGUGUCUGGAGAGGAUAUCUCAUUAUUGUCGAUUUUGCGAAAGAACGUGGGAAAGGACCUUUCGACUGUUGCCAUGCCUGUAUCUCUGAACGAGCCCAUCAACGUACUGCAGCGAUUGUGCGAGGAACUGGAGUACAGCGAAUUGCUGGAUAAAGCUGUUGGACUCUCGGAUAGCUUGGAUCGACUGAUUUAUGUGGCCGCUUUUGCUGUCAGUGGGUACGCCACCACUCAAUGGCGUGCUGCACGCAAGCCAUUCAACCCUCUUCAUGGCGAGACAUUUGAAUAUGUGUGUCCCGAGAAAGGCUUCAAGUUCAUCUCUGAAAAAGUCAGCCAUUAUCCUCCUAUUAUGGCUUGCCAUGCCGAGUCCGUUCAUGAUUGGACCUUCGCUAUGGACUCUCGCGCAAAGACCAAGUUCUGGGGCAAAUCAAUGGAACUCAUCCCUAAUGGCACGAUUCACAUAAACCUCAAGAAGACUGGCGAUCAUUUUACUAUCCAUAAGCCCUCGACUUGGAUGCGCAAUCUCAUGGCCGGUACCAAAUAUCUCGAGCACACUGGGGAAAUGAAGAUCGUCAACCAUACCACUCGCGAGACCUGUGUUUUGACUUUCAAGGAAUCCAGCUUUUUCGCCGGAACCAAGAACGAGGUUGUCGGACAUGUCAUGAACGCGAGCGGAGCCAAGAAGCGAACACUUCAGGGUCGAUGGAGCGAAUCCUUAAUGGAAGAAGUUGGACCGAACAAGUUUGAGCGUAUUUGGAAGGUCAACACACCGCCACCUAACCACGAAAAGUAUUAUGGAUUCACGGAGUUCACGAUGCAUUUGAACGAGUUGACUAAGGGGCUGGAACAAAAGUUACCAAAGACGGACACUCGAUUCCGUCCUGAUCAGUCAUUGUUUGAACGCGGCAAGGUGGAGGAGGCUGACCAGGAGAAGCUGCGAGUGGAGCAGCGUCAGCGCGAGCUUCGCAAGGCGAUGGAAACCAAGGGCGAGCCAUGGGAGGUGCGUUGGUUUGAGAAGAAGGCUGACGCCGAAACUGAGGACCCUGAAGGUCAGACAUGGCGAUACAAGGGUGGAUACUGGGAGACUCGUGAGACUGGCGAGUGGAACGAGAAGGUUGCUCUCUGGUAAAGAACCCCCCUGGAAGGAGAAGAAUGUGUGUUUAUAGAGAAAAUAAAUUGCCAGUUGAACCUGAACACGGAAGAGGACUGGCAUAAAUGAU